AUGUCCGGCUCACACAAAAGCAAGAGGGCAUUAAAUACUAAAAAGCAAGCCAAAAGAGUUCACGAGUCUGAUUUGGAGCUAAGGAAAAAGAGGAAGGUUUUGAAAACAAAUGCAGCAGGAAAAUUGGUGAAGAACGUUGGUUACAGGGCAACGGAUGAUGAGGUUUCGGCAGCAUAUGAUGCUGAGAACGAGAAAUUCAUUUCGAAGCGUGACCUGCGGUUUAAUUUCUCUAACAUUAUCAAUCAACAACCAUUCUUUUCCCAUCCCUCGCGCACUACAAUUGAUCUUCAUAGCGAAAUGAAGUUACAGCGUCAGAGAAGAUUGGUAGAGCUUGAUAUGCUCAGAGAGAAGGAGCUUGAAGACACAAAGGAAAAUGAGGAGACAGGUUCUGACGAUGAUUUGCUAAGUUUCCCAUCAUCGGAGGAUGAAGAGUUCAUGGAUUCUAAGCUUCCCAGGUUUCACGAACUAACGACCCUUGGAGGUGACUAUAACUCUUGCAACUCAAAGCUGGAGUCUUUAACCACAGGCUUGGAGCAGGUUGACCGACUAAUUAGACAGCUAAGCGAUCACGAUGCGGAAGUGGACAUGUUAGAUAUCCACGAUAAGAGCGUUUUGAAAUCAUUCGAGGAUGAGUUAGAUGUCAAGCACAAAGAACGGAAUAACUUGAAGGCGCCUUGUGUAACAGAGAUUUCGACGAAACAAAGCAGUUGUCAACUAUUAUCUGAGACCUCGACCUUUCGCUCACUUUCAAAUGAGAAUCAAAAUGCAAUGUCGCCACCUGUAAUCGAAAAUCAGUCUCAAACACUGGAGCCCUAUGAGUCCUCAGAGGUUUCGUUUGAUGAAUUUCUGAACUUGGGUGAGGAUAGCUGCACAACCAACGAUACAGAUAAUGAGCGCCUGAAUUCGUUUUCGCCAAAGACUGCCAUUGAUCAUUCGAGCACCUUGUCUCGCAUAAGGAAUUUCGAAUACCGCUACAGCCACGAUAAAAUCAAUUUAGCUUUGGUUGAUAAUUUAAGCUGCCAAGCAGACAUUAGACGAAAGAACAAAAAGGGACCUUUAAACAAGAGCGCACUUUUUUACGGGAAUCAUUGUGAGAUGAUAAUCAAUGACUCCCUUUUUCAGCUAAAUGAUUUCGUGAUUUGA